AUGACCUCCAUUGAGGACACAGCCAGCAUCGCGUCUUCCGUCGACAGCAAUGUAGGCUUCCACUUCACACACAAUACCAGACUUGUGUGGCGUCGCCCGUCCGGUUGCCACGCAUUAUACGUCGAGUAUAUUCUUCCGCCAGGCAUAUUCGCCGACCCCUAUGAGCUCGACUUGCGCGCAGAUAGCUACACUUACUCUAUCGAUACUCAACCCGACCUCGAGCGGCCUGUGUCCGCUGUUGAAUAUCGCAGCACUCUGCUGCGUCUCGACGUCAAGCUGCCUUCUGACGCGGAGGGCGUGAUUCAGGUUGCGCUCCCCUUGCACGGCCGAUAUGGCCUUCCGUCAAGUGCACCUCUGGAGGAGGCAUACGCUGUUGCAUAUGUGUCGUCACCUGACGCAUUUUGGCAAUGCAGAGAGGGGCAGGAUAUAUAUGCGAUACCACUGACGACUAUGCCGCCGGCCCAAGACAUCCCGCUGCUGAUUCCUGUCGCUAUAUCAGAUGAUCUUGCCCUCGUCGAGGCUGGCACCGUACUAUCCGUCCUCGCCGUGUUCUGCUAUGCGGCGUACAUCUUCAGCAAAGUCCAUAAUCGCUUCACAGUCCGUUUACAUCAGAGCAAAAGAGAAUGA